GUGAGCUUCUGCUCCUGGGCCUCUGUGCUCCUGCAGGUAAAAGAUGCCAGUGAUCAAUAUUGAAGACUUGACAGAAAAGGACAAAUUGAAGAUGGAAGUUGACCAGCUCAAGAAAGAAGUGACUCUGGAAAGAAUGCUGGUCUCCAAAUGUUGUGAAGAAGUAAGGGAUUAUGUUGAAGAAAGAUCUGGGGAAGAUCCACUAGUAAAGGGUAUCCCAGAGGAUAAAAAUCCCUUCAAGGAGCUCAAAGGAGGCUGUGUGAUUUCAUAA